ACAUUGCAAUAAAUUAAUUUUAGCCAGCGCUCCGCAGCCCAGCACUUUUCAUUUACGUUGCUCUAGGGAAAUUAAUUUCAGUAUCUACUCGAGAGAUGUGAUUUUCUGUACCAUUAUGUAGACCUUGUUUCAAGAAUAAUAGCCCCACUCGUUUCGAAUGCAACACAUAACUGCGUCAGCCUACCAAUGAAAGUUCGAGAUUUUCAUUAAACUGAAAGUCUAUGCAUCGGUUUCGACUGAUAAUAAUCGCUCAUUAUUCGGACAGAAUUGUGUUUUCUCUUCAUAUAAAUCCAUAUAAUAAAAGAUUCAUUCUCACAUUAGUAUUGAAUCAAGUAGACAGGACAUACGGUAAUCAUAUUGAUGACUGAAUGAUUGCUUGAUUUAUUGAUUGCUCGAUAGAUUGACUUCUCCACUGUAACAAAGUUCACGACUGUGUUUACGGCUUACCACAGUGGACCAUUCGUGGUUACUCACUUGUAUUAAAUUUAGAUCUAUUUUUCAUUUUCUAUAUUGACAUCCACCAACCAUAGAUAAAACCAUUUACUUUGCGAAUGAUCGCGCGAUAUGUUGAGGCAAGUGCAAUUAGUAAUGUACCCGUGGUCUCCGUGCAUACGUCGAUUUGGGCCUCGUUUUACGUUUGUUAGUCAAGUGUUUAUAUGAUUCGCCGUUCUCGAUUCACGAGUUAGUUGGAAGUCGCUCUUGUAUCUAUCUAUCGUGAGUAAACGGAACAAUGUUGUGCCUAGGUUUAUUGUUGACUCUCUUAGCCGUGACGGAAGCGCAGAAGGCACAGUGUAUAUUACCCGGGAAUAACGAAAAUGAACUUAGACUGCUGUUCAUGACAACUUACAACGACGUGUACCCUUACAAGACACCUUUCAAGGCAAGUCUCAUACGGCCUAGCGCAGAUAUAGCGUGGGAACUAGUGGACAGGCGUGGUUUGCUAUCAGGUUUGUCGAGGAACAUAACAUGGAAAGACACACAGUGUCAUCACGUCCAGCCGAUGAUAGACACUGUGGAAUUUCAUGAACAGGGGGGUAACGCUAUGUUUGGACCCUGUUGUGAGUAUAGUGCCGCACCUGCCAUUCGACUUGCUGGUCGUUGGGACAUACCGGUGAUCACCGUUGGAGCUCUAGCACCGGAUUUCGAUGACAAACAAACGGAAUAUAAAAUGUUAACCCGUGUAGAGUCACCUUACACGAGGAUGGGGGAAUCACUGAACGCGUUUUUUAAACUAUACGACUGGAAACAUAUCGGGUUGAUCAUUGCCAACGACGAGAAAACUAAUAACCCUGAUAUAAUAUCUCGUAACUUUUACUUUGCGUGUGGCGGUGUCCAGAAAGGGCUCAACAAAACUGGUAAAAACUAUGAGUGGAUUUUUAAAUUGAUCGAUAAUCAAGACGACGUUUAUAAAGAUGCAUACGCACGAGAGGUGUUAAGCUAUAUAUCUACCAGAUCUAGGGGUAAGCAUUAUUUGAGGAUUUAUUAAAGAUGCAUAAAUAACUAAUAGGCCCAGUAAAAGUUCUCAAUGUCAUCUAAUAAGUUCUUUAUCUGAAGCAAUAUGCCUACCAAAAAGUUAUGCCACAGAUAGUCGAUAUAUGGAGGGAUUUGAAAACUGUAAAGAUUACUGUACUGUUUAUCUGAAUUACCGAUAGGUAGGCCUAUGUGACGAUAGAUAGGUGCGAACGAGGCCCGUGAACACGCACGUACACGUAGGUUAAAUGCGUUGCACGCAAUAUACUGUAAUGAUAUCAAUUAAGGCCUACUCGUAGCAUAAAUGUGCACGCCAAUUUAAACGCAUUCAGGACCAAAAGUGUCCCCUUCAUACGGGUAUCUCUCCGGGGUUGAUCGAAGAGUUACCCUAUAAUUUAUUUUCACAUCCGCCGAAAAGAUGUGACCUUUAGUAUUGUCUCCUUAAAAGGGGUGGUCCUCAGGAGAGGUUCAAGGGACAGAUCCGAUUAUGUGAUUUUCUAGCACUUUAGUACAUCUGUUGUGCGC